CGUGGCUGCCCGAGUACUUAGUUGGCCAGCUGAUGUUGUCGAGGAACGAAGGCUAUAGCGACGUCCCUCCAUUUAUAUCGCAGCCUAUACGCCAAAAGCACACACAGCCAAGCAGCCGCAUCGUCGAUGAGAAGCAGUCGAGGAUCUCCAUUCUAAGUGAAUGGAUUGGCAUGGGGAGAAGCGGACCUCAGAUCACGGCUAAGCGGCAGCUUUGGGACUGUGUGACGCUGACGAUGCUUGUGAUUUCUCUGCUCUAUCCACCAGCUCACUGUCAGCAGUGUCGCAUCCAGCGCUGCAAUGCGGAGUAUGUGGCGUCUACCUCGACCUCCAGCAGCCUACAGGAAGACGUUGUGACCGACGUGGACUACUGCAUCGCGCUGCGAGCCUACGCCCUGUGCACCCGUCGGCAGGCCCGAAGCUGCCGGGGCGACCUGGUCUACCAUUCGGCCGUCUUCCGCAUUAAGGAGUUAUUUUCUCUGCACAACUGCUCCAGCGACGGGCCCACGUCCUCCGCAAAGGUUCCCAGCACGCCUCGGCCGGCCGUAUCGGAGCUGUGCAACUAUGAGAACCGGGUGCUGGCUGCUGGUUCGGGUGGCCAGCAGAAGAAAUACGCCCAUUGUGGAUUAUUUGGAGACCCGCACCUACGGACUUUCCGUGACGAGUUUCAGACAUGUAAAGUGGAAGGGGCGUGGCCACUGAUUGACAACCGCUUCCUGUCAGUGCAGGUGACCAAUGUGCCGGUGGUCCUUGGCUCCAGCGCCACUGCAACCAGCAAGAUCACUGUAAUCUUCAAGUCAUACCACGGCUGCACAGACCAGAAAGUUUACCAGGCAACCACAGAUGACCUGCCUCUGGCCUUCCAGGACGGCACUCGAAGUGGCGGCGAGAGCGGCAGCCUGACCAUCAAUGAGCGUGGCGGCUCCGGAGUGGGCCGCCAGGUGAAGAUCCAAGCGCGCUACAUUGGUACUUCCAUCAUCGUGCGCCGCGUGGGCAGCUACCUGACCUUCGCCAUCCGCAUGCCCGAAGACACCCUGGACUUCUCAGAAGACGGCGGUAGCGGCCUGCAGCUCUGCCUGCACGGCUGCCCGCGCAACGAGCUCAUCAAGGAGCACACGCUGGGCCGCCAGCAGCAGCAGCAGCACCAAGCGGGUUCGCUGCGACCACCUCACCAGGUCUACACGGUGGAGGGAGCCACGGCUAAAUGUCGAGAGACUCUGCAGGUGGAGGAUGUUUACUUCCAGUCCUGCGUGUUUGAUUUGCUCACCACAGGAGAUCCCGACUUCUCCAUGGCGGCUUAUGGCGCCCUGGAGGAUCUUAAGGCACUGCCACCCAGUAAACUAAAGCAAAACUCCCCGAGGAUACCGCGUGUUUACAACAGAGGGGCAUCACAUACAGCAUCAAAGGACGGCCCAUCUUCUGUUCUCACACUCCUGUUCAUCAUUUUGCUGCUUUUGUAAAAAAGAAAAAGGCCAUUGUUGUACAGUAACUCAAAAUCUUCAAAAAGACCGGUGGAGGCACCUCCAGCUUGAGGAAAGAGUGACAAAAACUAAUUUGGCAAUGUUUAUCCUCUUACAAUUUGAAGGAUUUCACACAAGAGGAAAUGUCAAAAUGGUAUUGUUGAUAUCAAAAGUUUCACUAGUCAUACCAACAGCACUUAGCGGUGCCACCUCCAGCACGUUUUGUGUAUUCAAAUGUUAACUUCUUGUCCGUUUCAACUGUCACUGCUCAUGCUAAAUACACAAGCUCCAACAACUGUUUGUAAAAAAAAACUACCUAUCCACUGUACAAUAAAGGCUCAUCUGUGAAACACUCCCUCUUCAGGCUUACAGUUGAAAAGAUGACAAAGCAAACAAAUCUUUAUAUAAUAAUAUAUUAAAAGAGUGUAUAUAUGUGUUUUAUAUUUAUGUACAUUUGCUGAUGUAUAGAUGUUUUAACUGUAAUAAUGUUUUCCAUUUGUUGUGUUCAGUAGGCUGUUUUUUAGGGACAUCAAACUAAUAUUGUGCCCUAUGUACAUUUCUGUAUUAAAGUGUUGGACACUC